GUCGAAAGCGGGUGGGCGCUAUGACCUAGCGGAGGUGCGCGCCGGUGGGAUGGCGGUACGGUCUCGGUAGAGUGGAGCGUACGGCAGACGCCAGCAGGAAUGGGUGAGCUCCUCGAUACUGGCCGCCACUGACUGAGCGGCCCAGCGACAUUUUCUCAGUCUUUAAGAUCUCAAUUUCGUGUGCUGGCUUUUGGUGCCGUCGGUCGAACUCGGCCUCUACCUCACCUCCCACCACCACCCCCCUCCCCCGAACACUCGGCAAUGGCCACCGACAUGGAGGCGCUGGGCUCGGCCGCGGAGUCUACGGCAGCACCGGGCAGUGGUAGCGGCCUGGACGAUGAGGAGGAGAGCUGGUUGUACGGAGAUGAAAAUCCGGGUAAACAAGAAGAGGUUGCUUUGGUUGAUGGGGGUGAAGACUCUGUAAAACCACUGCAGGAAACGUCACCUGAAUUCAAAGUCAGCAACUUAGAAAUGGCUGAAGGUGUGUCACAGAAUGGUGGUGAUGAGGACGACAGUGAUAGUGAUAGCGAUGAUGAUGAUGUGAAGGUCACCAUUGGCAACAUUAAAACGGGUGCACCACAGUAUAUGGGCACUCCAAUGAAUUUGAAUCUGAAGAGUGGACGCACAUAUGGUUCUUCUGCAGCAAAGCUGCACUCUAAAGGCAUUGACCUUGAUGCCCCUGGAAGCAUCAAUGGAAUUCCUGUGAUUGAAGUGGAUUUGGAUUCAUUUGAAGUUAAACCCUGGAGGAAACCAGGAGCUGACCUUUCAGAUUAUUUUAAUUAUGGCUUCAAUGAAGAAACAUGGAAAGCCUAUUGUGAGAAACAACGAAGACUUCAGUUAGGACUUGAUCCUGUCGUUGCAUCUGGUUCAGAGAACAAAAUAUUGUUUCAGCAAGGGAGAGUGGGCAAUGUGGAGAAGGAUGUAGAAAACAACUUGCCAAAAAUGGAAUUGAAGACUGAUUUCACAUCUCCACCUGGAGGAAGGAUGAAAGCAGGCCCACCACCCAAUAGUGUUUCCUCCAGAAAACUUGCGGGCACGAUUGAUGUUAUUGGUGGAUACACGGGUUCCAUCAGGAGAGUAGAAGGAAGGCGGCGGGACAAGCAUGGAGGAGAUGAGAGUACAAUUCAGGUUCUUGGAGACCAUGGAAACAAAAGACCACCAUUUCCAGCGCCUACAGGCCCUCCUCCUCCAAUGCCUGGACCACCCCCUCAUUUCUUACACCCACCUCCUCCUGUCACAAGUGGACCGCCACCCAUGCACCCACCAGGAAUGCCGCCACCUGGGUCUCUACCAGGGUUAUUUCCACCACCAAUUGUGCCCCCUCCAGCUUUACUGUUGCCAACUGUAGAAGGUGCUCCACCUCCAGGCUAUGACACCAGGCCACCCCCUCUAUUUCCCUAUAAUCCUACAGAAUCUGGACUAAUUGGUUACCCAACAGUAUCCACAGCCCAAACACCCUGGAUUAAUACACUUGAUAAAACAACCAAUAGCCCCUGGGAGUACAAAGGCCCACGACGAGAACGAGACCGCGAACGAGAAACUGAUCGAGACAGAAAUCGUGAACGAGACCGAGGCCCGACCCCAACAACAACUGAAUAUAAAGAAAGGAACUAUGACAGAGAGUAUCAUCGGAGCAGAGAUCGCAGUAGAGACAGAGAAGAACGCCACAGGGAACGGAGGCACAAAGACAAAGAUGAUUCCAAGCACAAGUCAUCAAGGCGCAAGCAGCAUGAGAACGAGGAGGGAGAAAGUCACAGACGUCACAAACACAAGAAGAAUAAACGAAGCAAGGAAGACAAAGAGGCUGCGGAUGAAGGUUCUACAGCACCUGAGGCAGAGUCAAAGGAAUAACUCGUUUGCUGAACUGGUCCCUGCAUCAGGUCAUAUUCAUUACGCUGGUUCUGUGAAUACCACCGUGGGGAAGAAUCAACUCCAUGAACUCUAAUGCCUAAUAGUUCAAUGUGAAGCCUGAUCCCACCUUUCUAUGUACUUAGACUUUGAUUUUUUUUUUGUAAAGUGUGCUUGUAA